CAACAUACAGCCCACUCCAGUACGUUGAGUAAAUGGGCUGCCUAAAGCGCGGCAAGCCCUAUAAUAACCUCACAAAAUCGCCGCUCUUCCCAAACCCUAGCCUCGCAGUUCCAAGGUGAGAUCUCAAUAAGAAGUGUAGAAGUUGUUGCUCAAGGUUCAAAAUGGCACCAGCUAAAGUUGAUUCGACUAAAAAAUCAGACCCAAAGGCUCAGGCCUUGAAGACAGCCAAGGCUGUAAAAUCUGGGGGAGCAGCCUUCAAGAAGAAAGCCAAGAAAAUACGCACCAAGGUCACUUUUCACCGUCCGAGGACCUUGAAGAAGGAAAGAAACCCAAAGUACCCACGUAUUAGUGCACCACCACGCCAGAAGCUCGAUCAGUACCAGAUUUUGAAGUACCCUCUGACCACUGAAUCAGCCAUGAAGAAGAUUGAGGACAAUAACACCCUUGUUUUUAUUGUCGACAUUCGUGCUGACAAGAAGAAGAUUAAGGAUGCUGUUAAGAAGAUGUACGACAUUCAGACCAGAAAGGUCAACACUCUCAUCAGGCCUGAUGGUACGAAGAAGGCUUAUGUUAGAUUGACGCCUGACUUUGAUGCUUUGGAUGUGGCCAACAAAAUCGGGAUCAUAUAAAAGGGUUCAUCCUUCACAUUUCAACCAUCUCAACUAGUUUUUACUUGGACACCAUAUAUUUUUAUAUUCGUAUUUUGAACCAAAUUUUAUUGCAUUUUAGAUAUUUGUAUCGGAAGUGAGCUUUUUAGUAAUAUUAAACCUCCAAAUUCAGUUUUGUUGCUAUCUAGGCCAUGUUUUAUCUAUGAUUUUUUUUGGUUCUCGGUAUGGAGAAAUGCUCACAUGCUCACGGUGGA